CACGGCCCACGGGGGAGGGGGGCCCACAUGACCGAGAGGGUAGGAGGAGCCGGCGGCGGCGGCGGCGGUGGCGGCGGCAGCGGCUCCAUCACUUCCCUCCGGGGCCGGGGGUCAGCGGGCAGCGGUGGCGACUGGACAGGGCUAAGCAAGGUCGCGGACGCUCGGCCCCUGGUUCUCCAUCAGACUGCAGGCUCCGGGCCUGGGCCAGUAGGGCAGCUGUGAACCUAGCGCUUUCCAGGCGCUGAGCUGGGGGUGCGCCCCGCCACCCUGCUUCAGGAUCAUGGGAAAUGGCAUGACCAAGGUACUUCCUGGACUCUACCUUGGAAACUUCAUUGAUGCCAAAGACCCGGAUCAGCUGGGCCGGAAUAAGAUCACGCACAUCGUCUCUAUCCACGAAUCACCUCAGCCUCUAUUGCAGGAUAUCACCUACCUUCGAAUCUCAGUGUCUGACACUCCUGAGGUACCCAUCAAAAAGCACUUCAAAGAAUGUGUCCACUUUAUCCACUCUUGUCGUCUCAACGGGGGGAACUGCCUUGUGCACUGCUUUGCAGGUAUAUCUCGAAGUACCACCAUAGUGAUCGCCUAUGUGAUGACGGUGACCGGACUUGGCUGGCAGGAAGUACUUGAAGCCAUCAAGGGCUCCCGGCCCAUCGCCAACCCAAACCCAGGCUUUAGGCAGCAACUUGAGGAGUUUGGCUGGGCAAACUCCCAAAAGCUUCGCCGGCAGCUGGAGGAGCGCUUCGGGGAGAUCCCGUUCCGCGACGAGGAGGACUUGCGCACGCUGCUGCCUCUCUGCAGGCGCUGCCGCCAGGGUCCGGGGACUUCGGCCCCGUCAGCCACCACAGCGUCUUCGGCCGCUUCCGAGGGGACCCUGCAGCGCCUGGUGCCGCGAUCGCCGCGGGAAUCACACCGGCCGCUGCCGCUGCUGGCGCGGGUCAAGCAGACUUUCUUCUGCCUCCCGCGGUGCCUGUCGCGCAAGGGCGGCAAGUGAGCGCCGUAUCCGCCGCUCCGCCCGUCCUGACGCUGCAGCCUUCGCGGGCGGCCGGGCUUCCCGCAGCUGGGACGCACCCAGAGCUCUGGGAGCCUCGCCCCCGCCCCGUACCCACCACGCUUGUCUGCGUCCGUCCUCAGUGUCCGCUCUGUGAGUCUGUGUUCGGCCGGCCUGCUGCAAGCCACUUGGUGCCUUAGACUCGGGAGAAGGAUCCUGGGCCUCCGCCCUGACAGGCGAAAGCGGGGAGCAGGAGGGAGGAUCGGGUGGGACAGACCGGCCUGGAGGAGAUUAAAGAGACGCAGAAGUUGCCUGGCCCGGUGCCUCUGUCAUUCCGCAGAGCUUGGGCUCCAGGGCCUGCAGGAGCAGAGCAGGAACAACUUCCAGAGGCCCGGGAAGCACCAUUCUCCACCAGUCUCCAGAGCUGAAAUCCAAGACCACGCCCUUCUUUGACACCAGCCCACGCCCCCUCCAUCUCUCAGGGGCCUGGACUUCUGACACCGCCCUUGUGCCCCUUUUCUCCCGACCCUUCACCUCUCCGAAGCCCCUUCUUUUUCUCUAAUUCUCCUUCCCUCUCUGCACAAAUAACUGGUCAGUGUGGUCCAAUUGGUGGCGUGGCCUUCAUGUCACCGUUCACUGUCUGAGGUGGCUUUAUCCUCAGGGAGAACACCCAGGCUCAGAGAGGUCAGGCAGCUGGCCCAAGCACACACAGCAAGGGCAGAUCAUUCCCAGUUGUGACAACAGGGAGGAUGUUCCUGGAGAGAAAGACCCAGCAGGAUGCAGGGGUGGUGGGACUUUUUUUUUUUUUUUUUUUUUUUAAGGUAACCAAGCCAAUAAAACAGUAACCCUAUGGGCAAACAGAGGAAUGGAGGAAUGGGUGUCAUCAGAGCUGACGACAUGAAAGAGCCCAAGUAGACUCUUGGGACUUCGUAGCUGAUGGGGAGGCAGAGGUCUCAGCACCGAGCUGAGCGAAUGGUGAAAUGAGGGACACCAACCUCCAAUUCCUCAUUUACUCAAGUGUUCAAGCCGUGAGCCAGGUACUGUGCCGGGCCCUGGGGCUACCACAGUGAGCAAAGAGCUGCCUGUACGCUGCUGACAUUCUAGUGGAAAACACCAGAUAAAACAGGGGGUAAGGGAGUGGGACCGUCUUGCAUCUGGCUGGGGGUGGGGUGGGGGAGCAGUACAAAGGCCCUGAGUUAGGACAGUGUGUAGCAGGCCUGCAUCCUCCUCCUGAUUGGUUGGUGGCACUGCCGCCUGGCCACUGUUUCCUAACCCUCAGCCACUUAACGAGCCCCUUUGGUGUAAUGAUCCAGAUGCUUCCCUAGCCGAGUAUCACCAAUACACCUUAUCGUAACAGUGAGGGCUCCCUCCUAAGGACCCUGUCACUGUGCUAAACACUGCAGCUCAGCCCAUCCUCUUCCCACCCUCCCUAACAGUGCCCCAGGUUAUAAGCAGAAGACAGGACUCGGAUGUGAGCUCAGACUCCAAUAUGACUGCAGGGUCCACUCUUCAUUAUGAUCUAGAAAUACGAAAGGCUCCUCUGACACAGGGGAGCCGACUGAUUAGAAGGAUAGAACACCUCACAUUGGCUUCUAAAACUGCAGCCCCAGUUAGAGUGUAGAUGGGAAAAUGUCUACUGACUUUUAUUCCUAGUCACCGUUCCCUAAACAAUGUAUCAGGCACCUGACAUUUGCUUCAGAUUGGAAGUAUUUUUAGAAAAGGGUUCAAAGUACAUAGGCGUAUUCUUGCCGGUUCUGUGUAAUUAGUCCACCACUUGGUUUAAAGGAUUUGCCAUGCAUUUCAACAUUCAGUGGGGUCCUGGAUCCAGCCCAACAUAAAUGGACAACUAAUUAUUACUCUUGUUAAUCACAUGAAAUACCUUGUGCCCAUCCCCCACCCCCUAGUUCACAGGUCUGAGUGACCCUGACUGCAUGAAUACCCUGGGACAGCUGCUGAUGUAUGGGACCAAGAGGAGGAGGAAUAAGAAUGCCCUCCCACAGAUGCUUGUGAAGGGAAGACCUGACUCCCCACAUCUCUCCAUGCUGGCUUGAACAGCCACUGCACUAGGGGAUUUUUUUUUUUCCUUUCAGAGCCUCAGUUCCACCCCAUAUACAGCAAGGUCGGGGCAGCCUGAACUACUCAGCAUAUUUCAUAAUGCAAAUAUUUCUUCAUAAUAAAAAAACACAGACCCUAAA